ACGUGAGCUUCUUCAUCUGAAAAAAGGCUUCUUACUCUUACUGCUCUCUCUCUCUCUCUAUCUAUCUCUUUCUCUCUCUCACAGAGACACCAUUAAUGAGUGCCACAUGAUUGUUGUGCCUGUGCAGUGCACUCCUCCGUUCCUUUUUCUGCUUUCCUUCCCAUAAUAAAAAGGAUCCCCCCAACAGUCUUUUCAGUUUUGUAUUUACCAAAAAAGCAUUUCAAAUUUGAAUUCAACUGCAACAUUGGGAUUUGAGGGAGGUGAGAGAGAGAGAAAACAAACAGAACAAGAAACAAAAACAACCCACCCAUUAAUUUUAUUUUGAAUUGCUUUGAUGGAGCUUCUUCUUCUUCUACUUCUGUUCCUGCUGGUGAUUUGGAGCUUCAGUAUUCCUUCGUCCUGUUUCCCUGUCGAUGUGAGGCCCGACCCCCCUGUGGCCGACCCUGUUCUUCCCAUUCAAACAGAUCCAUUCUUCAAAAACUCCUCUGAUCUCACUCCCCAUUCAUCUCCAGAAGGUGCAGCAGAGGUCGAAGUAGUGCAGCACAAGGAUUUGAACAAGAAAAUCCUCGUAGCUCUUGUGGUGUCUUCGUCUCUUUUGGGGACAAUCUUAUUGGCACUGUCUUGUUUCUCCAUUUACAGACUCAAAAAGCUUAAGAAGAAUCCCAAUUCGAAAAACGAUCCUGCAAAUGGGAUUUCAUUAGGCCCCAUUUUGGAUAAGUUCUCUUUGCUAAAAAUCGGGGCCAAAAAGGGCCCGAUCGCCGCCUUCGAGUACCCGUCGUUGGUAGCUGCGACGAACAAUUUCGACGAAGGCAAUGUGAUCGGAGAAGGUGGAAACGGGCGUGUGUACAAAGCUUGCUUCGAUGAUCGUUUACGCGCCGCCGUUAAGAAAAUAGUCGCCGGCGAUCAAGAAGCCGAGAGAGAAUUCGAGAACGAGGUCGAAUUGUUGAGCAAGAUUCGCCAUCAAAAUGUGGUUUCUCUUUUGGGAUAUUGCAUACGCGACGACGCCCGGUUCUUGGUUUAUGAAAUGAUGGAUAAUCGCUCGCUCGAUUUCCACUUGCACCGAUCUUCUUACAAGUCGAAGCUGACUUGGCAUAUGCGGAUGAAGAUCGCGCUGGAUGUCGCAAGAGGAUUAGAGUACCUUCACGAGCGAUGCAACCCUACCGUAAUCCACAGAGACCUCAAAUCCUCGAACAUUCUCCUCGACGCCAAUUUCAACGCCAAGCUUUCGGAUUUUGGCCUCGCUAUUUCCGGAGGGAAUUCAAAUAGGGCCAACGUUAAGCUAUCCGGGACCGUGGGAUAUGUAGCUCCGGAGUAUCUAUUAGACGGCAAACUUACGGACAAGAGCGACGUCUACGCAUUCGGGGUUGUCCUUUUAGAGCUUCUCACGGGAAGAAGGCCCGUGGAGCGAGUAGCCGAAGGACAGUGCCAAUCGAUAGUUACUUGGGCUAUGCCUAAGCUAACCGACAGAUCGAAACUUCCGAGCAUCGUCGACGCUGCAAUCAGAAACACUAUGGAUUUGAAGCAUUUGUAUCAAGUCGCGGCGAUAGGUAUCCUGUGCGUGCAACCUGAGCCGAGCUACCGACCGCUGAUAACCGAUGUCUUGCACUCGUUCAUACCCCUCGUCCCUGUUGAUCUCGGUGGAUCGUUACGAGCAAUCGAUUCUUCUUCCCUGGCUUGAAAUAUUCGUUUCGAUUUGAACCCAAAAGAACCUUUUGGUAUAUGAUUACGGAUCGAUCGCCGUCUCCCGGAAACUGGUAUUUAUACCGUAUGUAUAUAUAUAUGUAUGUACGUACGUAUGAAUGUAUCUAUUUGUAUGGAACCAUCGCACGAUUCAUAUUUUAGAUACUCCCUCCGUCCCAUAAUAAACUAUCUAUUUUUUCAUUUUAGUCCGUCUCAUAACAAAGUAUCAAUCUUUUUUAGUAAUUGUACUAUUUAUCUAACAUUACAAAUACUCUUACAACUUACAAUAUAGUGCACAAAUGUCAUUACCUUUGUAUCACACAAUACUAAUAAGAUUAUUUUAGUCAUUUCUACUUUAUUUCUACUGCAUCCUAAUAUUAAUAUUUCUAAAACUCAGUGCAAAACAAAUAGAUAUAUAGUUAUGAGACGGAGGGAGCAUUUAGUUUUAGAUUUAGUUGAUUUAUGUUUAAAUUUGAUCUUAUUAGAUUACUCCUCUGGACUAUUUUGUAUUGUCUAUAUAUAAGUUCUUUAUUUUGACGAUGAAUAACACAAUUUUAUUAUUUUUUCCCAAAAUUUC